AUGCUUGAAGUUUUUGAGUUGCAAUGUUUUAUUCAAAAUUACUUGUGGGGGAAAAAAGGUUUUGCUAGUGAAGUUAGCCGCCUGAGUUUAGCUGGCCAACAUAUAGAUUCUAUAGAUGAAAAACAGUUCUACGCUGAAUUAUGGAUGGGCGCUCUUCAUAAAAGUCCUUCGUUAGUAAAAAGCUCUGGGCAGAAAUUGAGUGAAUGGAUUAAAAGCAACAAUGAAGCGUUGGGCGAAAAGUCUAGAUUGAAAUUUGGUGAUGAAUUGCCAUUUCUAAUGAAAGUGUUAUCAAUAAACUCGGCCCUUUCCAUCCAAGUGCAUCCAUCUAAGGAUUAUGCUGAAGAACUACAUAAGCAAUAUCCUGAACUAUAUCAAGAUUCUAAUCAUAAACCAGAAAUGGCUAUUGCACUUAGUAACUUUGAAGGACUUUGUGGUUUCCGUCCAUAUUCUGAAAUUAGAUUUUUUUUAGAAGAAAUACCGGAAUUUAAAUUAAUUCUUGGAAGUGACCUUAUUGAUCAAUUUAAAAAAGAUACUACCAAUUCACAAAAUUUGCUUAAGGACAUAUUUUAUAAGUUAAUGUCAUCUGAAAAAGGAAUUAUAAGCCAAAACCUCAGCAGCCAUAAAAAAAAUCUGCAAUCGCUAUGUGAUGAUAAAAAAAAUGUAUUCUUAGCAAAACUAUUUAAUCAACUCGAUUGUUGGUUUCCAAACGAUGUUGGAUGUUUCUGCAUAUAUUUUUUAAAUUAUAUUCAACUCUCACCAGGUCAAGCAAUAUAUUUAGGAGCUAAUGAACCUCAUGCUUAUAUCUAUGGUGAUUGCGUCGAAUGUAUGGCUUGUUCUGAUAAUGUGGUAAGAGCUGGGUUGACUCCGAAAUAUAUUGAUGUAAAGACACUAUGUAGGGUACUAAAUUUUAAUGGGGCGCCUGCUGAAUCCAAGUUGUUUUGUGGAGUUAAAGAAAACUCUUAUACAACACUUUUUAGACCUCCUGUUCCUGAUUUUGCAGUGGCUUGCAUUAAAGUUCCCGCGGAUGAAAUGUAUGAAUUGUUGAAAAGAGAUGUUGCUUCUAUAAUUAUUGUUGUCCAUGGUCAAGGCAAAAUAACUGCACCACAAGAUUUGAUAUUAUCAACGGGAAAAGUUUUCAUGGUACCCGCUAAUGUCAUACUUCAAAUACACGUAGGAUUUGAGUCUUUAGAAUUAUAUCAAGCAUUUGUAAAUUUAUAA